AUGGCACAGCUCGCCCGUCUUCAAAAGCGCCUCGAUGCGCACGAACGAAUUUUCACUACGGUGCCUGGGCUCGCAGAAUUCGUACUAGCGCUGAACACCACGAAUAAACAAACAUGCGCAGUGCGUAUGUGUUUUCUUCGCGGCGACCACUUCACAACCGAUCGCUCCAACGGAACGCAUCUAGAAUUCGUCGACGCCGAGUCCGCCCAGUCUUUCGUUAAGGUGCGCAAGAUGAUCCUUUCGGUCCCAACCAACAUAACAAACGGCGAAACCCGUCGCCUUACUAUGUGGGAGCCAAUCGACCUCUCACUCUUUGUCCCCGGCACCGUGUACGAGAUCCGCCACCUUUUCAAAUUCAGCAUGUAUAAAAAAAUGCCACAAGCAUGGGUGACGCAAAUUUGCGCUGCGGACAGAGUGGUGUGUACGGCACCUUACACCACAGACAGUACAACCGAUGACCACGGCGACGCAAUGACUACUGAAACACUUGGUACCAACAAGCUUAAGCGCAAACUCUCCGCAACGCCGCAAGACAACGCUACAAUGGCUUCUCCACCGACAAAACGUCACCACACAAGCGAGCAAACACCGCUCGAGACACCGAAAACACAAUUGAACAACAAGUAG